AUGUGCGAAGCUGAUGUCGAUCCUUCGCAGAGUAGUUCCUCUUGGGGGUUUCUAUCUCCCACCCUAGCCCUGUCGAUUCAUCUUCUCUCCACACAGCGUCUGAGCAAACCCGAUGAUUUGAACCUCUCGGAGCGGGUUGAGCCGGUUUUCGCAUCGUGGCCUUGGUUGUUGUACCGUGAAAUGGGAUCCCGAGAGGCCCGUUUCUAUGACCCUGUAAGAGAGACGGUACACAAUCGGCCGGAAUACCGAAAUCUUGAAGGUACCAGAUUCCUGGGAUCAACAUUGGGUUGGGUUGUCAUGUCCAACUCCGUUGCCGUACACCCACGCGAACACCACCAAACUUCCUUAUACAACCCUUUCAUAUCAGAACGGUACCAACUACCCCCUCUCAUCAUUAGAAACCCACAUCCCAGGACUGUGGUCCGUUACGGUGUGCUCACCGGAGAUCCACGUGAAGACAACACUUAUGUUUGUCUCUUAACCGAUAACUUUUACAUAUAUAAUGGCAUAGUUACUAUGAGUAUUCCUAGGGAAUACAUGUAUUAUGUAGCCAAGAGGAACGGACAAUGGGAUCAGUAUUGGUCAGUGACUUCUAUCCCUAACCAUCAUAAUCAUGGCUCGCCUAUAGAGUCCAUCUCCCCAUCUGCGGACAAAAUAUCACUUAUUAUAAGGGGCCAUAGUUUGGAAUUCACCUUCCAAACCCAAGACUGGAAUGUCAGAGAGACUCAAGAGAAUGAUCCCAUCGAAUGGAAUCCUUUCCACGGCCAAACUUUUGACCAGAUAAAACAUCGACUUCAGAUAUCUCCACAGAUUCCCACAACUCUAUCCAUUAUUGGCACUAAAACCGAUCGCGAGAGGGUGAAAAACAGCACUUGGGAUGGUGGCAAUCAUAGCGUUUCUUACAUUGAGGGAGUUUGGAUUGAGGUUCGCGUUUAG